UGUCGCUUAUUCUUAGAAUGCGCGAAAUUCGAAAACCCUGUUCACUUGAAUCAAGUUGAUUAACAUGGACAGCGACACACUGGAAGAGCUUUCGCAGCAUUUUAUGGACAAAUUGUCACACUUGAAUGGAAUCCUGGCGAUAGAAGAGAGUAUUUGUGACACAGGGUGUGACACAGUAUUCAGAAAGACUGUCUUCGGGGUUUGGAGGCAGCUUGGCGUGAAAUGGACGACCUCUCUAUCGUACUUACGUUGAUGCGUAACCAUAUUGACGAACAGAAGAAGGCACUCGUCAGAGCUGAAAAUAUUAAAGCUUGCUUGGCGCAACAGCUGAAGACUUUGCAACAUGCAAAAAGUAACCUACCUCAUCACCUGCCUGUUUCUCAGGAGUCAAUGAAUGGCAAACAUGCUAAGAACAUGCAAGCCUUUGCAUCCUCAAAGUCAACAAGUCAAAUGGAAUCAUGCUACCAACACAUUCCAACAUCUGGCGUACAGGAAAUUCCAGUCCAGGAGAGACCACAGCUUACCAUAAGCAAUACAUUACAAGCCCGCACAGUGCAAGAGUUGCCUCCCUGUCCGCUGAUUGAAUACCUUACCACCGAGGAGUUCACCAAUGUCCCUAACUACAUGAAAGGGCGCAUCACAUACCCGCAGAUUAAUUUUUUUGUGGAGGAGCUCAACAAAGUGUUUAAGGCCAAGUAUAAGCUGCUUAAACAGAAAAAAUCAUCCUUAAGUGAACCAAAUCGUGCGAGAUAUGAGACUUUGAAAAUGCAAGAGUCAAAGGACACAACAGGUGUAUACUUUGUUCUGGAAGAAGACAUGAAAAACUGGAGCAGCAUCAAAAUGUCCAAAGAAACCCGCUGUCUCAUCACCAUCUUGAGACACUGCGGUCGUAUGUGUGAAAUCCGUAGUGGUGGCUACUUGCGGUAUGCUCUGAUAGAAAGUUACUGAGAGACAUUUCCGAUGUACAUGUGUACUGGACACUCUAUUCACUGUAGAAAACAAGAUUUUCAUAAUCUUUUCCACUUUUUUUUUUUAUGUUGAUGUAGAUAUUUCUUGGCUGCUUGUUUGAUUGAUCAGGUAAAUGGGCACUGGUUAAUGCAUAGUUAUUGUCUUUGCCAUUCUAUAUUUUACAUUUUCUCAUAAAAUUGUGUGAAAUUUUUCUUUGGUGUAGAUGAUGAAACAUCUGUUAUAGUGAAACACCUGAAGACAGUUAAACACGUUUGGUUGAUCAUGUUUAUUGAAAAUGUAUUACCAUAAACUUGAGCAUUUCAGUAUUAAAUGCUCUUGAAAGAGACUAACACUA